CAUGCCAAGGCUUUUAGCGAAGCGCGCAUUCUCCAUAGAGACGUCAGCGCUGGCAAUAUUUUGAUUGUGCGAACGACAAAGGACGAGAAAGUGGUGACAAGUGGCCUUCUGAACGACUGGGAUCUUUCGAAGGACAUAGAUAUCAAGGAGGUCAGGCAGGCCGAUCGUACGGGUACAUGGCAAUUUAUGUCUGCUCGGCUGCUGGCCCAUCGGUCGAAGAUCCAUGAGGUGCAGGACGAUCUCGAAUCCUUCCUACAUGUCCUUCUCUAC